CUCAUUAUCCAACGAGCACAGACUCGAAGCACACGAGUCUCGUGACCUUGGUUGAUCUCUCCGAGCAAUGGGAGCGGACCUUCUGACACUAUCCGCGUUCCCAAGCUUUCGUUCUCUUGCUCUCACGAACGACAGGAUACCUCCAAUGGGUUUGACGUCUGCAAGCCCUUGAUGUCGUGCGCCCGCCCAGGCACCGUGACACAAAAGUGACCGGCUAACUGCAGUCUGUGUACGGGCAGUCCCCGACGAGGAUAUAUAUUAGCUCGCCAUAGCUUUCUCAUCAGUCGUCCAUCGUCCAUUACCGUCUUAGUCAAGCUGUCUUCUUCUCCAGUGCCAGCGUGGCUCGCUGUCGCAGCGCCGUCGGAUGUAGACCCAUGAUCACAUCUCACACUCUCUGCCUCGACCGCGCGAGCGCUCGCGGGUAGCCACCAUGUCGAGGUCCUUCUUUCGGCCAGGCCUGGCCAACAAUGCCUCUCGUAUCUGGCAACCCGCUGUCCAGCACACCCCGCUUCCGAGCGUAGCAAGUGCUCUGGCACCUGCUUCUCUCCCGGCCAAUUGGCGAUACAUAACUGCCCUUGCCGCCGCCGCCUUCGGCAAGGAUGCCUGGCACAGCACCUGCGCCUUCCGCCGGGCGCCGCCGGUCUCCACCACCAGCCUGGCACUCACCCUCGCCGGGGUUCGGGCCCUGCAGCUCCGCCAUGCCUCGGUCACGUCGCCGAUUUCGCAGCUGCCGCCACGCCGUCGGGCAGCUUACUCGACGGAAUCGACCGUCGUGACGACGCCAUACGCCCGGCUCUGCGUCGGCGUGCCCCGCGAGACGUACCCUAACGAGCGGCGGGUGGCACUAACGCCCCAGAACGUCGCCCUGCUCCUCAAGAAGGGGUUUGCCAAGGUUCUCGUGGAGAAAGGUGCUGGUGCUCAAGCCGACUUCCUCGAUGAAGCUUACGCAGUGGCCGGUGCUACUCUGGUCGACGAUGCCUCUGCCGUCUGGAACCAGGCAGAUGUCGUGCUCAAGGUGCGGGGACCCAGCGCCGCGGAGGCCGACUGCGUGCGGGAGGGACAGGCCAUCAUCAGCUUCCUCCAGCCUUUGCAGAACAAGGCCCUGGUGGAGAGGCUUGCCGCGCGUAAGGCGACCGUUUUUGCCAUGGACAUGAUCCCGCGAAUUUCCCGAGCCCAGGUCUUUGACGCGCUGAGCAGCAUGGCCAACAUUGCCGGUUACAAGGCCGUGUUAGAGGCGUCCAACAGCUUUGGGCGCUUCCUGACUGGCCAGGUCACCGCUGCCGGCAAGAUUCCGCCCGGCAAAGUUCUGGUGAUCGGCGCUGGUGUUGCCGGGCUCAGCGCGAUCGCGACUGCAAGGAGACUCGGUGCGAUUGUACGUGGCUUUGACACGCGUUCUGCCGCCCGUGAGCAGGUCCAGUCGCUCGGCGCAGAGUUCAUCGAGGUGGAGCUGAAGGAAGAGGGAGCCGGAGCUGGCGGCUAUGCCAAAGAGAUGUCCAAGGAGUUCAUUGAGGCCGAAAUGAAGCUCUUUACGGAGCAAGCUCGGGACGUCGAUAUCAUCAUUACGACAGCCCUCAUUCCUGGCAAGCCUGCUCCGAAACUGAUCACGAAGGCCAUGAUCGAAAUCAUGAAACCUGGCUCUGUCAUUGUGGAUCUUGCUGCUGAGGCCGGCGGAAACUGUGAAAAGACCGAAGCUGGCAAGCUGAUCACCUACAAGGAUGUCAAGAUCAUUGGAUACACUGAUUUUCCGUCGAGGCUGCCUACCCAAUCGUCCACGCUGUACUCGAACAACAUCACCAAGUUUCUCUUGUCCAUGGCUCCAAAGGACAGGGAGUACGGCGUGGAUUUGACCGACGAGGUCGUCCGAGGGGCCAUUGUCACGCAGAACGGAGAAAUCCUUCCGCCCGCCCCUCGGCCGGCCCCGCCGCCUGCUCCCGCCGCCGCGCCCGCCACGCCGAAGGAGCCCGAGGCUGUUGCGCUUACCCCGUGGCAGAAGGCCACGCGGGAAGUCACGUUGGUGACGGGUGGCAUGGGGUCCGCCCUCGCCCUAGGCAAGCUCACCGGACCGCUGGUCAUGGGCAAUGCUUUCACGUUUGCCCUGGCGUCUCUGAUUGGGUACCGCGUCGUCUGGGGCGUAGCCCCGGCGCUGCACUCGCCGCUGAUGAGCGUGACCAACGCCAUAUCUGGAAUGGUUGGCGUUGGUGGUCUGUUUAUCCUCGGCGGCGGUUAUCUCCCUGAGACCCUCCCCCAGCUGUUCGGCGCUGCCUCGGUUCUUCUGGCCUUUGUGAACAUUGCCGGUGGCUUCGUCAUCACCAAGCGCAUGCUCGACAUGUUUCGACGCCCGACUGACCCUCCUGAGUACCCGUGGCUAUAUGCCAUCCCGGGCGUGCUUUUUGGAGGCGGUUUCAUCGCUGCUGCGUCGACGGGAGCGGCGGGCCUUGUGCAAGCUGGAUACUUGGUGAGCUCCGUGUUGUGCAUCAGCUCCAUCUCUGGUCUGGCAUCUCAGGCGACGGCUCGCAUGGGUAACAUGUUGGGUAUCCUGGGCGUGGGCUCUGGUGUUCUUGCUUCCCUUCUGGCGGUUGGCUUUUCUCCCGAGGUCCUGGCUCAGUUUGGAGGACUGGCGGCCAUUGGCAGCAUCGUGGGCUUCUUGAUUGGGAAGCGCAUCACCCCCACCGACUUGCCUCAGACUGUUGCUGCCCUCCACUCGGUCGUGGGCCUUGCCGCGGUCCUAACAAGCAUCGGCAGCGUCAUGGCUGAUAUUGCCCACGUGUCGACACUUCACCUGGUCACGGCCUACCUCGGCGUUCUCAUCGGCGGUAUCACCUUUACCGGCUCCAUCGUUGCGUUCCUAAAGCUCGCCGGGAAGAUGUCCUCGAAGCCGCUGAUGCUCCCAGGACGACAUGUCAUCAACUCUGGCUUGCUCGCGACCAACGUCGCCACCAUGGGUGCCUUUGUGACCAUGGCCCCUGGCUCGCCGCUCAUCGCCGCUGGUGCACUUGCCGCCAACACGGUCAUGUCCUUCCUGAAGGGCUACACCACCACGGCAGCCAUCGGGGGCGCGGAUAUGCCCGUCGUCAUAACAGUGCUCAACGCCUACAGCGGCUUCGCGCUCGUAGCAGAAGGCUUCAUGCUGGACAACCCGCUCCUCACAACGGUUGGCGCGCUCAUCGGCGUAUCUGGCUCGAUCCUCUCGUACAUCAUGUGCGUCGCCAUGAACCGGUCAUUGGUCAACGUCCUCUUUGGCGGCAUCUCGACGCCCACCACCAGCGACUACAAGAUUGAAGGCAGCGUGACGCAGACCAAUGUCGAGGAGACAGCCGAGGCCCUCACCAACGCCGAGUCGGUCAUUAUCGUCGUCGGCUAUGGCAUGGCGGUCGCCAAGGCGCAGUACGCCAUCUCCGACAUCACGCGCAUGCUGCGGUCCAAGGGCGUCAAGGUGCGCUUCGCUAUCCACCCGGUCGCCGGGCGCAUGCCGGGCCAGUGCAACGUCUUGCUGGCCGAGGCCAGCGUUCCAUACGACAUUGUGCUGGAGAUGGACGAGAUUAAUGACGACUUUGGCGAGACGGACGUGACGCUUGUCAUUGGCGCGAAUGAUACCGUGAACCCCAUCGCCCUGGAGCCGGGAAGCCCGAUUGCCGGAAUGCCGGUGCUGCAUGCGUGGAAGAGCAAGCAAGUGGUGGUGAUGAAGCGGAGUUUGGCGAGCGGUUAUGCGGACGUCCCCAACCCGAUGUUUUACAUGCCAGGCACGAGGAUGCUGUUUGGAGAUGCCAGAGUGACGACGGAGGCCAUCAAAGCCGCCAUCGAAGCCCGACUCAAAUAGGAUGAGCUUAUGCGGAUAUUGGCGCGCCGUACAUACGCACUUUUCUGUUGGCUACUUUCUUCGUUAGAGCAAGAGCAAGAGCAUGCUGCAUGCGUUGAGUUGUCGUUCUUAGACGUGGAGGAGAGCAGAGGGCUUGAUUCCUGUUUCUGCAUUAGUUCUCUUCGCAGAGUUCUGCAUUGGCGGACGUAGGUUUCUCUUUGGCAGGCGGUCUGGUUUUUGGUGACGACGAUCGCGACUAGUUGAGAUCGAAAGUGACAAUGGAAGAAGCGCUUGACUAACCUCA